GCGCGGAGCCGCCGAGCCAGCCCCUCGUGCCCGCGACACGCGCGGAAGUGGCGAUGGCGGAUCCUGAGCUGCAGCUGGUGGCGCGGCGCAUCCGCAGUUUCCCGGACUUCCCCAUCCCGGGCGUGCUGUUUAGGGACAUCUCGCCUGUCCUGAAGGACCCCGCCUCCUUCCGCGCCUCCAUCAGCCUCUUGGCGAAUCACCUGAAAAAGACCCACGGUGGCAGGAUCGACUACAUCGCGGGCCUAGACUCACGCGGUUUCCUGUUUGGUCCAUCCCUGGCCCAGGAGCUGGGCUUGGGCUGCAUUCUUAUCCGCAAGCGAGGGAAGCUGCCAGGCCCCACCGUGUGCGCCUCUUAUGCGUUGGAAUACGGGAAGGCUGAACUGGAGAUCCAGAGAGAUGCCCUGGAACCAGGGCAGAAGGUGGUGGUUGUGGACGAUCUGCUCGCCACUGGUGGAACCAUGUGCGCAGCCUGUGAGCUGCUGGGCCAGCUGCGGGCUGAGGUGCUGGAGUGUGUAAGCCUGGUGGAGCUGACCUCACUGAAGGGCAGGGAGAAGCUGGGGGCUGUGCCCUUCUUCUCCCUCCUGCAGUACGAGUGACCCCAGCCCUAAGCCACCUGGAAGAGAGGACCAGCAUGGGCAGAUGGAGCAACCCCCACUGGCUACCAGGGGGCACUGGCUGCCCACCUGGACUUGCUCUGUGUCUGUGGCUAAGUGACUUUCUUCAGGGUGGGGCUGCCCCUGAGGCCCUGCUGGGGCUCUGGAAGCCCUGUGGCCAGGCGCUGCCAGCUGGUUGAUAAUGGAAUGAGAAUAAAUUACUUUCUAGA